CGGAUCGCAUCCUCGAAUGCUGCUCCGUUUUCCAAUUUUCCGGAAGAAAAAUAACUGGCAUGCAGCCACCGUCCCAUUUCCCGCGGCCUUGUUCUUCCUCGCCCGCAUCCUUCGCAUCAAACUAUAACUGCAGGAUUCUGGGAUCGAAGUAAGAAUCCAGUCCGGGAUCCUUUCUACGGAGUAGAUGGCUUUAAUGGCGGUGCUCGAGUCAGAUCUGCGCGCCCUUUCCGCCGAGGCCCGUCGACGCUAUCCUGCGGUGAAAGAUGCCGCCGAGCACGCCAUCUUGAAGCUCCGCUCUUUAUCUGGACCUGGUGAGAUUGCUGACAAUGAGGACAUAGUGAGGAUAUUUCUGAUGGCAUGUGAUGCUAAAUCGGUCAAACUGAGUGUUCUCGGACUAGCUUGUUUGCAAAAGCUCAUAUCGCAUGAUGCCGUCGCAUCUUCUGCACUAAAGGAUAUCCUUUCCACUCUGAAAGAUCAUUCAGAGAUGGCAGAUGAUAGUGUUCAGCUUAAAACUCUUCAGACUAUAUUAUUAAUAUUUCAAUCACGUCUACAUCCUGAUAAUGAGGACAAUAUGGCUCAAGCUCUUGGUAUUUGUCUUCGCCUCCUGGAAAAUAGUCGUUCUUCUGACAGUGUCCGCAAUACCGCUGCAGCUACCUUCCGACAGGCGGUUGCUUUGAUAUUUGAUAAUGUCAAUCAUGCUGAAUGGCUUCCUGCUGGAAAAUAUGGUAGUCAGCUUUCUCGAGCUAAUUCUGUCACGAACAGUGUUACACAUAGCAUCAGCGAAUCAGAUUUUGUCAGGUGGUUAGAGACAAGAAAUAUUGCUGUUCAACCAAAUAAGAGAGAUUUUCUGAGCAAAACUGGGAAACUUGGGCUUUUUCUGCUUGAGGAUUUGACAGCUCUUGCUGCAGGUGGAUCUGCAAUGUGGUUACGGGUGCAUUCACUUCAACGGAUAUUUGCUUUAGAUAUACUUGAGUUUGUCCUGUCUCAUUAUGUCGCUAUAUUCCAAACUCUUCUAUCUUAUGAACAGCAGGUUCUACGGCACCAAAUAUGCUCUCUCCUUAUGACUUCUCUUCGGACAAAUGUUGAGCGGGAGGGUGAAUCUGAGGAACCUACUUUCAGGCGAUUGGUACUUCGCUCUGUUGCUCAUAUUAUUAAGUUGUAUAGUACAUCCCUGGUGACUGAAAGCGAGGUGUUUCUCAAUAUGCUGGUAAAAGUGGCUUGUCUUGAUUUACCGCUUUGGCAUCAGAUACUUGUCCUUGAAGUUCUGAGGCAGGGAUUUUGUGUAGAAGUACAGACACUGCGCCUACUUUUUAAGAACUUUGAUAUGGAUCCUAAAAAUACAAAUGUUGUGGAGAACAUUGUUAAAGCACUUGCUCGAGUUGUAUCAACCAUUCAGCUGGUAUAUGUGGUUCCAGAAUCAAGUGAAGAGAGCCUUGCUGCUGUUGCGGGGAUGUUUAACAGCAAAGCUAAAGGAGUUGAAUGGAGCAUGGACAAUGAUGCAUCUAAUGCCGCUGUUGUCGUUGCUAGCGAAGCCCAUGCUAUUACUUUAGCAGUUGAAGGACUUUUAGGUGUUGUAUUUGCAGUUGCUACUUUGACAGAUGAAGCUGCUGAUGUUGGUGAGAUAGAUUCACCUAAAAAUAAUAUAGGCAUGCCUUCAAAGUUCACUGGGGAAACAGUUGUUCUAUGCCUAUCCUUGAUUGAUUCAACAUGGUUGACCAUCCUGGAUGCUUUAUCUUUGAUAUUGACAAGGUCACAAGGGGAAGCCGUUAUUAUAGAAGUACUGAAAGGUUAUCAAGCAUUCACUCAGGCAUGUGGAGUUCUACAUGUAAUCGAACCACUGAACUCUUUUCUUGCAUCUUUGUGUAAAUUUACUAUAAAUAUUCCCACAGAGGGGGAGAAGAAGAGCAGUGUGGUACUAUCUCCUGGAUCAAAGAAGGCAGAGAGUUUAGCUGAUCAGCGAGAUAUUGUUGUCUUAACUCCAAAGAAUGUGCAGGCCUUAAGGACUCUUUUCAAUGUUGCACAUCGCUUGCAUGAUGUGCUGGGUCCAUCCUGGGUUUUGGUAUUGGAGACAUUGGCUGCUCUUGAUCGUGUCAUCCAUUCUCCACAUGCUUCUACACAGGAAGUUUCUGUUUCUGUUUCAAGGCUGCCGAGAGAAACAUCUGGGCAGUAUAGUGACUUUAACAUACUCUCUUCUUUGAAUUCUCAGUUGUUUGAAAGUUCAGCACUGAUGCAUGUGUCGGCAGUAAAUUCAAUUUUAUCUGCCCUGCGUCAGUUGUCAAUUCAGUGCAUUUCUGGAUAUCCAAGUGGUAUGGGGCAAGCUUUAAACCAGCAAAUUGGAAGUGUUGCAUUUUGUGUGGAGAGUAUUACAUCAGUUCUUGUGAAUAAUCUUCAUAGGGUUCAUCAUAUAUGGGAUGGGGUUGUUGGCCAUCUGCUAGAGCUUUUCAAAAAUCAAAACCAGCAAAUAAGAAACUUGGCCCUUGAUGCAUUGGAUCAAUCCAUCUGCGCGGUCUUAGGUUCUGAUCAGUUUCAAAGUUCCAAGGCCUCUGAACUUGAGUUGACUGCUACAGAGGUGAAUAAUAGUGUUGAUAAAGACAGACCAUUUGAGCAUGAGGCAUUGUCUCCCUUGAUAACUCUUUAUAAUUCAAGCCAAGGCCUUGAUGUCCAAGCAGGAGCACUGAAAAUAUUACUUCAUGUCUUGGAGAGAUAUGCAGACAAACUUCAAUUUUGCUGGUCUGGUAUACUUGAUAUGUUAAGGUCUGUUGCUGAUGCUUCAGAGAGGGAUCUUAUCCCGCUAGGAUUUCAGAACAUAAGGGUUAUUAUGAAUGACGCAUUAUCAACCAUACCAGUUCAAUGUCUUGAUGUGUGUAUAGAAGUCACUGGUGCAUAUGCUGCUCAGAAAACAGAGAUAAAUAUAAGUUUGACGGCUAUCGGACUUCUCUGGACUGCAACUGAUUUUAUCGCCAAGGGUUUAUCUCCUGCGAGUUCUGAAGAAACAACUAAUAAAAUCGUAAAUGAUAAAUCUGAAGCUGAUAAAAUUUCAAGGCAUACUGGAACUUUUAGUACUUCAGAAAAUGAACAGAUUGAGAGUAUCUCUAACAGCUUUCAUAACCCGAGACACUCCUUAAAAGGGUUUGACCGCAACAAAUUGCUAUUUUCAGUUUUCUCUAUACUUCAAAAACUUGGAUCAGAUGAGAGGCCUGAGGUAAGGAAUUCAGCAGUCAGAACUCUAUUUCAAACCCUUGGAAUUCAUGGGCAGAAGAUAUCGGAAAGCAUGUGGAAUUAUUGCCUUUGGACAUACGUAUUACCUCUCCUAGAAUGUGUUUCACACUUGGCAGCAACUUCAUCUAGUGAUGAAUGGCAAGGGAAAGGGAAAGAGCUAGGAACAAGAAGAGGAAAAACUGUACAUAUGCUCAUCCACCAUAGUCGUGAUACAGCACAAAAGCAAUGGGAUGAAACACUUGUUUUGGUACUUGGUGGAAUAACUCGAUUGCUACGCUCUUUCUUUCCUUUCCUUCAGAGUUUGAACAAAUUUUCCGCAGGAUGGGAGCUUUUGCUACGCUUUAUUGAAGAUAGCAUUCUGAAUGGCAGUAAGGAAGUUGCUGUUGCUGCAAUAAGCUGUUUACAGACAGUUGUUAGUUCUCAUUGUUCAAAGGGAAAUCUGGCACUGCCAUAUAUAAAAUCCAUACUUGAUGUAUAUGAGCUUGCGCUUGAAAGAUCACCAGACUGUAGGACUAACUCAGCCGUCAAGGUGAAACAAGAGAUUUUGCAUGGCCUUGGAGAUUUGUAUGUUCAAGCGAAGAGUAUGUUUGAUACUGACAUGUACUUGAAGCUUUUAUUGACUAUACAUUUAGCAAUUAAAUGUUCUAUGAUCCCUAGAGACGCGGACAGUGAAGUUGGAAUUCUAUCACCAAUUCAGCGUACUAUUUUGGAGAUUCUACCCCUUCUACGUCCUCCUGAACAUCUUUCUGCAGAAUGGUUUGCACUUCUCCAGCUGCUUCUCUGCUAUCUUCUCGGUUCUGAAGUUUCUAUGCACCAAAAGAAAGAUGAGGAACCAAAUACAGGCAUAAGCUCCAGAAGGGGUAGUGCUGCAAUGGGAUCUUUCACUUUUGCAGGCGUUAGCAACACUGAAACUACCAAAGAAACCUGGAUUAAAUCAAGCAGCAAUGUUUUCGGUGGAUCUGAACCUCCCAGUAUUCCUACUAGUGAAGCCACCCCCGAUGAGACUUCAGUAUGUAAUUGGAACCAUUUGUUUAUGGAAAAACUCAUACCUGUUAUAAUAGAACUCUUUCUGGCGGCUCCAUCAACUGAAAAGUGCAACAUUUUUCCUAAGAUUAUCAAAGGCCUUGGAAGAUGCAUGAAUACUAGAAGAGACAGUCCAAAGGGCUCUCUUUGGAGAUUGGCCGUUGAGAGCUUCAAUCGAAUCAUUAAUGGUGACUUGAUGGAAGCUGAUAACAACAUCAAAUUAGAUUCACACAUUUACAGACAUUCCAGAGCUCGCUUAUGGAAAGAAGUCGCUGAUGUGUAUGACUUAUUUCUUGUUGGUUCCUGCGGGCGCGCUCUUUCUUCGAAUGGUGCUGCAGAAUCUCUAGAGGCUGAUGAGGUGAUUGAAAUGAAUGUCCUAAAUGUUCUCGCUGAUAUGAUUCUUAAAGGACAAAUAGAUGCUCCUGUUGAGAUUUUACACCGGCUAGUUUCAACUCUUGAUCGCUGUGCAUCAAGAACAGGCUCUCUGCCGUUAGAGAGCCUUGGACAAAUGCCUUCACACUGCAGCAGAUUCUCUUUAAGCUGCUUGCAGAUGAUGUUUUCCUUAUGCAGUUUUCGUUUUGAAGAUGAUUGGCCUCCAGAACGGGCAACCAUUAGCUCCGUUUCAAUUGAUAUUCUUAUGAAGCGUUGUGAGAUCAUACUGCAGCAGUUUUUAAGUGAUGAAAACGACCUAGGGGAAAAUGCAUUGCCGGCAGUUAGAACCAAUGAAACAUUCUGUGUGCUGCAAGAGCUUGCUCGCAUGGUUAUUCAUUCUGAUACAGCUUCUGUUCUGAAUAUACCAGCACACCUCAAGGAAAAAAUUGAAAAUAGUGAGAUUCGUAGCUGCCAUGCUCAUCUAUUGGUUUUGUUUCCUUCAAUUUGUGAGCUAGUGGUUUCAAGGGAAUCAAGAAUAAGAGAGCUAGUUCAAGUCCUCCUUAGACUUGUUGCAGAGGAGUUGGGGUUACAGAAAUCAACUCAUGCAGAUUCAUGACCACAAAUCCCCUUCUAAACUUUUAUUCAUUUAUUGCGUGUAUGUUUUGUUCAUUCACUAUGUUUACUUUUUUAUGAUUACAUUAUUUUAAAAACUGAAAUAAAGAGAAAAUACAACUUUUCUU